GCGGCCCUUCAAUUGCCCAAGGCCCGCCUUGCUCCCAGUGCCGCCCCGGAAGCGGUAACGUGAGAAUUUGUCGAGAAGGCGAGGUUGAGUGACGUCGCAUGCGGCGCAUCCAAGCUCAGCCGAGAAUCUUGGACUGUGAGCUUACCCAACUUGGCUGUUCUUGUUCCGUAACGCUUUGCCAUGGCGUUAUUGCUUGUUUGGAUGGCAUCAUCUAGCGGCCCUAGGCCAUUUCGACAAAUGCGAUGCUACCGCAUGCUAAUCCUCAGCCCAUUGUUUUGCUUUUCUCCGGCCAUGAUGGACGAGCAUCACGCGAACAAGGCCUUUGCGCAGGCCAGAUGCGAGCUGCAAUCAAUGGUGCUGUGUCGUAAAUUCCGGGCCAUGAUGAUGUCCCCCGCGCAUCUUCUACGCAGUCUAGAAGGAAGACUUAGCGACAGCGGAACCUCCCUCUGGUCGUGCACAGCGGCGUCGCAGAAUGCACGUAGGGGCUGUCGCGUGACCUGCAAGUUCACUGGGGAGCCAUAUGCCGCCUGUUCCGGAUGCACAGACUGGGAACUAAAACACUCAAAAACUCCUCGAGGCCACCAAGAUAGACCAUGUGCCAUCUCCAUCCCCGCAAACGCUCUCGGUUGCUCGCACGAUGGGCCGAGCGACGACAAGUGCGACGAGUAGUGCUCAAGGGAGCGUACUCGAUCAGCUUCACCUCCUGCCAUAUAUUGCCCAAGUAUCCAUGCCAGUCAGCUUGAGAACGCAAUCGAGCGGCAGGACCUUAGCUUCUGGAGGCCGUUACUCCCGAGGGUGACAGUGCAUCCCCACAAUCACGCGAGCAGCCGCUUCAUUGCUUUUUGCGCCCGCAGUGCGGAGGAAGGAU